AUGAAAGCCUCUUUAUAUCUCGUCCCUGCUCUCAUCUGCGUCGUCUGGUCCUUGAAAACCGAUGUGGCGUUCCAUCCUGAGUACAGCGAGGUUGAUAUCGGGGAGGGCCUAUACUCCUGCGGUGACUACAUGAAGCUCUACGACAAAGCCAAAGAAGACUGCCUUUCAAUAGGGUGCGCCGUCACGAAGGAGGCGUGCGACCACCAAGUUUGCACAGCCAUCGACGGCACUGCGAUACAGGGCGAGAUCGAUUUCAAGAAGUACCUCGACCAGCUGAGGAUCAUCGUCAAGGGAUCAUGCAAGGAAGACAAAUACGUUGACUCUUACUGUACCCCCUCGGGCACCUGCAGUAAUGUGAAGAGAGUCAGAGUUCAGAUCCCGUCAUUCCUCGGCACCUCGACGACCGCGAACAGUGGUAAAUUUCUUACCAACUACAAGGUCACCUUCAGCAAGAAGGAGACAAAGAGCACGUGCGAGACUAUCACGACCUUGCUCAGCGCUGGUCUCGGUACUCUCCCAGGAGGCAGUCUUUUCGGUGCGACUACGCUGAUGUGCACAUAA